AUGGCAGAACCAGAGUUUGAAGAGUUUUCUAAACAAACUUUAAGCAUUAAAACAGUUCCAUCUCCUUACUACUCAUUAGUAAGCGAUAUUGAUUUUGAUGUAAUAUCAUCUCCAUCGCCUUCAAAAAGUGAUGCAAGUGAACCUGAUGAAAUCGGUGUUCAUAUAAUAAGCACAUCUCGAUUACCCCAAGUAUGUACAAAUGUUACGAUAGCAAAUAUCAGCAGUAAUAGUAGCGUAGCUGAGGAUGAUGAACUCGGAGAUGGAUUACGAAUGGGAUUAAUCAAUAAUAAAAAUAUUCAUCACAUUGAUUCUGCAACUUCAAACAUAACAAAAUUAUGCACGCAUUCAUCACAGUUGGCGAGAACGAGUUCUCUGCCUUGGAUUCCCGACCAAGCCGAACGUAGAAGAAGAAGACUUCCAGAAAUUCCCAAAAAUAAAAAAUCAUCAUUGUCAUACAUUAUGAGCAAUCAAACAUCACUAGCAGACGAAAUGGGAAGUGCAAGUAGCAUCGCAAAUCAACAUCAUUUCAAACAAAAUACGCUUUUAGCAUUUAAAUGCAGCUAUUUGUUGGAUGAAGACUCAAGCCCAGAUUCAGAUCGCAUGCAUAGCUUGGGGGAUGUCGAUAGUGGCCACAGCACAGCUCACUCGCCAAAUGACUUCAAAAGUAUCACGCCACCAAACGCUCAAACGUCACCACACUCACCAUUUCCACCUGCAUUUGGUGGCGUUCCUUUCAGUCAACUGGAAAUGCUUGAAGCUACUCAUCGUGGCCUUCAUAAAUUUCAUCCCAGACAUCAUGAUGAGUUAGAAAUUGAAAUUGGGGAUCCAAUUUAUGUACAAAAAGAAGCUGAAGAUUUAUGGUGCGAAGGUGUGAAUUUAAGGACAGGCAAUCAAGGAGUUUUCCCAUCAGCUUAUGCUGUAGAUCUUGAAUAUAAUGAUUUUGACCCAACAUCAGUUGAGAUGAAACGUGAACGAUAUUUGUUGGGUUAUUUAGGAUCUGUUGAAACUCUUUCACAUAAAGGUACAGGUGUAGUUUGUCAAGCUGUUAGAAAAAUUGUUGGAGAAGGAGGAGAAACAACACCAAAAGGUACGCCGUGCAUUUUAGAAAUUUCUGACCAGGGACUGAGAAUGGUUGAUCGUUCAAAGAAAAAACGUGAACGAGGCCCUUGUAUUGAUUAUUUUUACUCGCUGAAAAACGUAUCAUUUUGUGCUUUUCACCCACGAGAUCAUCGCUACAUUGGAUUCAUAACAAAACAUCCAACAAUGCAAAGAUUUGCAUGUCAUGUAUUUGUAGGAAAUGAUUCAACACGUGUUGUUGCUGAGGCUGUCGGACGUGCUUUUCAACGGUUUUAUCAAAAGUUUAUUGAAACCGCAUAUCCAACUGAGGACAUAUAUAUGGAGAAUUAAAUUUGUAAUUGGAAAUAUUUAUUUACAAAAGCAAGAAAACUUUAUUUCAAUCAGUAUUUAAUCAUGGAAAAGAUGAUUAAAAGUUUAUCAAUCUUGGAUUGGAAAAUAGAUAUAAAAUCGUAUAAAUGUAUCUAGAAAACAUAAAGCGUAUUACGCUUACAUAUACUCUGCGAUAAAUUUGAGAAAAAUGUCUCCGAUAACCUUUAGAAACUUUCAACUGACAAGCUUAAAUAGAAAAUUAGUUUAGCUCAGCUUUUACUUGACUUCCAAACUUGACUUAAAUUUUGACUUUACUGAAUUAAAAAAAUCAAGCAAAACGAUGUUUUCAACAUUCAUUUUCCGAAUAAAUUUGUAUAUUGAUCAUUUUCCAAAAAGCCAAAGACAAAGAAAAUGCUAAAGCAAAUCUUGAUGGCUCAAAUUUUCCAAUUGAAUGUAUGAAAAAAAUAUUUUCCUGAAAUAAAAAGCAAAAUUAUCUAA